AUGUCGCCAACCCUAGCCAUGUCAUAUUCAGAGCACGACUACGACCCGAACCACCCGCCACGCAACGAGUAUCAUUCCUCAACAGCAGCGCCACCUUACGGCGCGGACACCAUAUCCCCUCCAGCACUUCACCAUUUCGAAACGACGCCAGGUGGCUCAAGCUCCGCACUAAGUUGCUGUAGUGAUCUCGACGAAGACCCCUUCUUAGGCGCAGAGCUCGGUGACAGCCACGGACAGCCCUCUUCUUUCGACGACAACUUCGAUUUUAAGCCCAUUUACGUUGCGCCAAACAUUUCAAACGGCACCCAAUCUGCCCAGGAUGCGAUCGAGUCUCCCUAUCCGUUGACGCCUGAUCCGACGGUUUCGAUUCACGCAGCGUCUCCCCACAGUGAGCUCAGGGCCGCCACACGACACCACCACACCCAUCCUCCUCCUUCCAUCUCACCACAGGAGCUACAGAAGCCUUGGAAACCAGAGAAAAUCAUCGAGCGACCUACGCAGCUGACGCCAAGUCAAAGCAGUAGCGCCCGUACGAGCGAAGACGGCCUGGCACCCGCCCGCAUGAAUAUGCCUGCCACCAGUCCCAAACUGGUCAUCUCCGUAUGGGAUCAUGAGAAAGCUGUGGCGACUGAGACUGUAGAAAGCCAUUUCAAAGACGACGAGUCAAUCACAACCGCUGGUGGAGUCCAAUCUGCAGGUGAUCUCAUCGCUUCCAACGCGACCCGCGAUGCCGAGGGCAUGUGGCAGCGCGACCCCUCCACUGGCCAUGGGGGAAUUGACCCUAGGCAUCGUGACUCUGAAGAGACCGAGAAAAACAUCCAGGAACUCGCAAAGGCCCGCGAACGGGACCAGCGCAAGGACGAAGUAGGCCAGUGGCUAUCGGCAAAUCUCGAUGAGACUUCAGCGCCGCGUGAGGAGCAGGACAGUCGUGCGAUUGAGGAGGAGAAUCGGAAUUCACAAGACCAGGUUCCCAUGGGCCAGGGCACGGAGAAUUGGUUUAUACCCGGCCAGACAUACUUUUCAGGUGUCGGUGGGCAAAUGACACAGGAAGACGAGGACAUCUUGGCAGCUGAUCGAAAUUGGGGCGACGCUCCCAUCAUCCACCGAAUCCUGGAUGGGAGAAAGCCUGGGCAAACUCAGCCCGUCUCGUCUGCCGCGGCCAUGGCCAGGUUCGAAAGGCUAUGUCGCGACAAUGACUCCAUCUUAUCCCGACAAGCCACGUGGGGCACACGGCGUAGGAGUUUCCACAGUACAGCCUCGGUGGACAUGGAAGGAGUCCUCAGUGGUAAUCUGUUCAAGAAGCUGUCUCUCACCAAAACUCCAGAGAAAACUAGCAAGGCCACUGAGAUUCUUCGAGACAUUCGUGGCUUUGUUCGACGUCCCAGCAUCAGCGGUCUUCGCAAGCGGCGGUCCAGCAACGCGAGCAACGUGAGUGACGAUGGCCGUGAAGAGCAGCCGCCACCGUUGGUAAAGCACGACAGCACGGGAUCCCCUCACCUAGCUCCUCCGGACCGCACCUCAAGCUGGGGCAAGAACAAAACUCCCAGCAUCAAUACUGCAAUUAUGUCCAUGGGUACCGGUGCAGCCGCUGUGGGAACACACCACGCUAGGAAGGCGUCAGUCGGCGCAACAUCCCCCAGGGGCUUCUUGUCCAGCUUACAAGUAGACAACCCUCUGAAGCGGGCCAGAAGUCGAUCGGAGGUUCCUCGGCCGACAUCAGCGUCCAACUUGGACACAAGCCCCGGACUCGCCGAUCUAUGGAAGGCCAACGGAGGCGUUCCUGUCACAUCAGUGCGACAAACAGCGCCGCCGCAACAGGACCUUGAUGAUGAAGACGAGGACGACGAGGAUGCUGACGACCCUUCUCUUGAAGGGGAGGCUAAUCAAAUCGAUACCGUCACACCUAACUUGACCGGAUUCCAGCAGCAUGUCCUCGCUUUGAAUCCAUACAUGCAAGGUCGGUUCGAGUACCUGGUAGAUCGCAUUGCGCACCAGCAAGUCGUCAGAUACAAGUCACUCUUGAUCUUGAAAGUUAAACACCUGAGCAUGGGCGCCAACUGUGCGAACGGUGGACUUUGCAUGACCCACGGCGGUCAGGCCAAGCUGCUGGAACCGAAGACUGGUGCGAAGGCAACCGACGCCCUCGCAAUGCACUUUCAGGAUGACGAGGGUGAGAAUGCACCCGUGGAAGGCCAGUUCAACCAAGACAGUUUCCCCAAGGGCAUUCCCAUGCCACCAGCGCAACAAUUGCCGGCCGAAUUCGAAUGUCGGCUCUGCUUCACGCAAAAGAAAUUUAACAAGCCGUCUGACUGGACCAAGCAUGUCCAUGAGGAUGUCAUGCCUUUCACGUGCACUUGGGACAAGUGCCGCGAUGCCAAGUCAUUCAAGCGCAAAGCUGACUGGGUUCGUCAUGAGAACGAGGGCCAUCGCCACUUGGAUUCAUGGAGAUGCAAUGUAGAUGAUUGCAGUCACACUUGUUACCGCCGCGACAACUUCCUUCAGCAUCUUGUUCGCGAACACAAGUUUGCCGAACCCAAGCUUAAGACCAAAACGGCCAUCAAAAAAGCAUUUGGCACAGAUCCUACCUGGCAAAAGGUCGAGGAAUGCCACAUUAGCAGCCAAAAUCGUCCCCAGGAUGAACCGUGUAGAUUUUGCGGCAAGACGUUCCCUACGUGGAAGAAGCUCACAGUGCAUUUGGCCAAGCACAUGGAACACAUUGCCCUGCCCGUAUUGCGUCUUGUGGCUGCGAGGGCGGAAGAGAUCUCGGCCGACACCAUCAUCAGCCCGGUGCAAGACCCGCCUGUGAGGACAUAUCCCGUCGUGAACCCAAACGACCCGUUUCCACCAGUCAAUCACCACCACGACAUGUCACAGAUGUUAGCCAAUAGCUCGUUCCAGGACACUGGCUAUCAGAUGUACCCGAAUGUGCCUCCGGGCCAUCAGCACAACCAGCAGCAUCAUUUCUAUAACGCACAAUACAACGCCAUGGCGCAACGAUACCAGCAGCCAACCCUAGGUCUGGACUCGACAAUGAGUCAAGGUUUCAAUGGUCAAAUACAGACUAUGCCCGCCACGUCUGCACCAUAUGGGCCGACGACCCAAUACAUGACUGCAAGUAACAAUGGCCACGGUUUCGACAGUGGUAUGGAACCCUUUCCCGACCUGUCCAACGACCUCUCCGAUGGUCUUGGCCUCCAAGAUGAGAAUCAGAUGGGAUCCUCGUUGGGCUUCAACCACAUGAUGGAUCCGUCCACAGCGAGCGCAAGCCCGUACAGCGGACACAGCUCGCAAUCCCCCUUUGUCCGGUCUCCGCACAUGGGCGCCGACAACUACAACAAUAACCACUGGAACAACCAGCACAUGCACCAAUUCCAAUGA